UUGUAUAAAUGUAAAGGAAUAGUAAUAUUUUCAAAUUUUACUUUUGUAUUUACCGCGCAAUGAACUAUCAGACAUGUGACACAACCUCUACGCAAGCGCCAAAAUUUUCCUGCGUUGGCAUCACGAAUUAUAAGUUCAUAUAGUGACAGCAAAGUAGUGAAUAGUAGCGUGUUACAAUGCAACGUUGAGUGGAUCAGAUUUGAGAUAUGUAUUUUCUGCUCUGCGCAAAAUAUUUCUGAUUUCGUACGAGUUUACGGGUGCAGACGCAAGUUAAAGAUGUUAGCUUAUAGUUGAUAAUUAGUCUGAUAGUAUUAACCAUGAUGGAUUACGAAUUUAAAAUGAAAGCACAGAAGGAUCGGACUAAAGUCGAGGACCUUUUUGAAUUUGAAGGAUGUAAGGUUGGAAGAGGUACAUACGGGCACGUCUAUAAAGCUCGUAGAAAAGAGGGUGUACCCGAUAGUGAAUUAAAAUCUCGACCUGACACUAAAGAUUUUGGCCUGAAACAAAUAGAAGGCACAGGUCUAUCUAUGUCUGCAUGUCGGGAAAUUGCUUUACUCAGGGAAUUAAAGCAUGUCAAUGUCAUUACACUCAUACGCGUUUUUUUGUCACAUAAUGACCGCAAAGUGUGGUUACUCUUUGAUUUCGCAGAACAUGAUCUUUGGCAUAUUAUUAAAUUUAAUAGGGCAGCAAAGGCAAAUAAAAAACCAGUAAUGGUACCAAAAAGUAUGGUUAAAUCCUUAUUAUAUCAAAUUUUAGAUGGCAUUCAUUAUUUACAUUCCAACUGGGUUCUUCAUAGAGAUUUGAAACCAGCGAAUAUUUUAGUAAUGGGAGAAGGAAAUGAAAGAGGACGUGUCAAAAUUGCAGACAUGGGCUUUGCUAGAUUAUUUAAUGCUCCUUUAAAACCAUUAGCAGAUUUAGAUCCUGUUGUAGUAACAUUCUGGUAUAGGGCACCAGAAUUACUGUUAGGUGCUAGACAUUAUACAAAAGCUAUAGAUAUAUGGGCUAUUGGUUGUAUAUUCGCGGAGCUGUUAACCUGUGAACCUAUCUUUCAUUGUAGGCAAGAAGAUAUUAAAACAAGUAAUCCAUACCAUCAUGACCAAUUAGAUAGGAUAUUUAAUGUUAUGGGGUUUCCAUUAGAGAAAGAUUGGGAAGAUAUUAAAAAGAUGCCAGAGCAUCCAACGUUACUGAAAGAUUUUAAAAGAUCUAACUAUGCGAAUUGUUCAUUAACAAAGUAUAUGGAUCGACAUAAAAUCAAACCCGAUAGCAAGGCAUUUAACCUGUUACAAAAGUUGCUAAUGAUGGAUCCAAACAAACGAAUCACGUCCGAGCAUUCUAUGCAGGAUGCAUACUUUCAAGAGGAGCCACUGCCAACUCAGGAUAUAUUCGCGGGAUGUCCUAUUCCGUAUCCAAAGAGAGAAUUCCUUACGGACGAUGACACAGAGGAAAAGACUGAAAAUAAAGCAAGGCAGAAUCAACAGCAAACGCAACAAAAUCAACAGCAGCAAGGAAAUGGCGAUCACAAUCACGGACAGAAUGCAAAACGUGUGAGGCUAAACGGACCCCAUGGGGCUCCAGAAUUUCAUCAACAUCAGAGUCAUGCUAUGACCCAUCAGCAACCACCCGCAAUGGUAUAUUCAACCGCCCAACCAACUCAGCCAUCGAAUAUUCAUCAACGUUUCUAAUUUCUCUAUGAGAAAGAAAGAAAGAAAGAAAGAAACAAACAAACAAAAACAAAACAAAGUAAUUAACUAAAUAUCAGUAAAUAGAGUCGCAUAAAAAAUUGGAAAGAAAAUCGUUGAUUGACUGUAUAUUCCCAACAAUAUUACAAUACACAAUUUUAUUUAUAUAUAA